AUGCUAUUAGUUUUAGAAAUAAAUUCUGCUGCUGGAGGCUGUUUAUUUGGGGAAAUCUAUAAAAUGUUGGUCAAUGAAACCAGAGUUCCUUAUUUUAUAAUAAAGCCAAUGUUGACUGUUGGUUUUGAUGAACAUUUUUGUGCCUAUGAAAUAAAAAAUAAUUCAAACUCAAAACUGAUUGGGUGUUAUAUGCAUGAAUUACCUGAUACAACGCCAACUAUUGCCAGAGUUCUAGGCAAUGGUAAACUUUAUGCCUCAUUGAGGUCAGGUGCAUAA